GGAUACGAAGUGGUAAACAACCAGUUCUUGUACAAGAACCCAUUCAGUAGUUUCGACAUAAAUAAGCUCCUGGAACAGAACAGCGUAGGAGUCAACUACAAUAAAAUAGUUAACGGCAGGGACGAAGUCGCCUCCAUCCUCCUCUACAGAAAGCCACUCGAUCUAAAUAAACAAAUAAUUCUCUACUCACAUGGGAACAACACAGAUAUGGGACACUCCUUCCCAGCCUACCUCAACCUCAUCUUUCAAACUAACGUAAAUAUAGUCACGUACGACUACAGCGGAUAUGGAUAUAGCAAUAAAAAACCAACAGAAACGAAUAUGUAUAAAAAUAUAAAAAUGGUGUAUAGGUAUCUAACUGAGGACCUUCACAUCAAUCCAUUAAAUAUUAUUUUAUAUGGGUACAGUAUUGGUAGUUGUGCCAGUAGUUACUUAAUCAGUUUGAGAGAUAUAAAGGUGGGUGGGUGUAUCUUGCAGUCUCCUUUAGCUAGUGGGAUAAAGCUCCUGUUCCCCUAUCAGAAGAGAUACCUUCCAUGGCUUGAUGUGUUUAAAAAUUAUGAAAAAUUACGGAAGGCGUCACUUGUCCCUGUAUACAUUAUGCAUGGGAAAAUGGACCAGGAUAUACCAUACUACCACGCUGUGAUUUUGUUGAAAGCACUUCGAAAGAAUUUCGAGAAACAAUACAGAAAGAUGAAAAGCUCGACUCAGUCUCCACACGAGAGUGUCGACAUCACUUCUCUUAUUAAAUUUUGGGGAAUCGCCAACUCGGAUCAUAACAACAUGGAGUUGGUCAAUGCGGACGAGUUCUUCCGCCGCCUGCGCGCCUUCCUCAUGUUUUGCGAGGACUACAACCGGGGGUAG